UUAUUAUGUAAUGCUGUGGCAGCAGCGCGUGUAGACUGCGCGCAAGCGUUCUGCAUUCUCACUGAAGUCAGGAACUCUUUAGUAUUAGCCCGUAGCCUGAGCUUGUUGCUAUGUUGCUGUGUUGGAGAGCGACGUUACCAACAAACGCGAGUUCAAGCGCUUCCUUCGGGGAACAUCUGGAGCGAGAAAAAAUGCCUCGGGCUUGACCUGGUAGAGUGUGGCAAUGACUUUGGAGCUGAGUGAUUAUAUGACAAACCAGACAGGCUCAAAUGUAGCGGUUUUGAUAGAUGAAUAGAGCAAACGCUGUUUUAGGCUAUGCGCUUUAGAGUUAAGUUUUAAACUAUUUUUGCCAUUGCGCGCGGGACUUUAGCCUACCACUACAUUUUUGACGGUGUUUAAAUCUUGUGAUUCAGUGGCACAGUGACGUUUAAUGUGUGUUGGGUUAUUCUAGGGUGGUGGGCUAUUUAUUGAUACUUUUUAUUUAAGCUGUAAAAUAAAGUAUUUAUUAGGCAAACUUAAGGCGCAAUGUCAAUUGGGCUGGUGACACGUGACGCAAUGUUGUUGCGAAGAGGGAGACACAAAAAUUGCCCCUUCAUUACGCGCGUGGCCCGGUUAUCAUCGGUUCAUGUGGGCUGGAACACUCUGUGAAGAUGCAGGCUUGGCUACUAGUACUACUGACCCUGAAUCUGAACCUUUUCCCCGGGCAUUCAAUUUUCUUCCGAAAUCCAUCACGUCAACUUGGGAAAAAUCUCCUCGCUUCUAAACUCAACUUGCACUGACCUGCAUCCACAGGCAGCAGACUACAGUUAACUCAGUCGGUUUGACUAAAUAAAACCCCCCCACACGUCGAAAAGAAGCAUUUGAUGUUUACAAGAAGAUCCCAGAAGACAAGGAGGGGUGAGGAGGAGGAGGAGAAGAGCCUGAGACUCUGACAAAAGGAAGAAGAAGAAGAAGACAAAGAAGAAGACACGUGUUGUGGGUUAGCUGAGAUACUGUAGGCGUACCAAUGUUUGCUCUGGACCAGGACAUCUCCAGCUUCAGUUCUCCCUGCAAGCCGCCUACCAAGUAUGGGGAGCUCAUCAUCCUGGGGUACAAUGGCUCGUUCCCCAACGGCGACCGGGGCCGGAGGAAGAGCCACUUCUCCCUCUUCAAGAGGCCGAGGGCCAAUGGCGUCAAGCCCAGCACGGUGCACGCUGUCUGCUCCCCGCAAGCCGCCAAGGCCAUCAGUAAUAAAGACCAGCACAGCAUCUCCUACACGCUAUCGCGUGCGCAGACCGUCGUUGUGGAGUACACUCAUGACAGCACCACGGACAUGUUCCAGAUUGGGCGCUCCACCGAGGGUCCUAUAGACUUUGUGGUGACAGACACGGUGCCGUGCCGCCUGGGCCACCAGCCCUACAGCAGGGGGGACGGCUGCAGCGGUGGCAUGGGGGGCAUGGGGAGCCUGGGGGGCAUGGUUGGCGGCGGUGGCGUCACCUCGCUCUCGUCCCAGAGCACCAUCUCGCGCUUCGCCUGCCGCAUCGUGUGCCAGCGGCAUCCGCCCUACACCGCCCGGAUCUGCGCUGCCGGUUUUGACUCCUCCAAGAACAUCUUCCUCGGGGAGAAGGCUGCCAAGUGGAAGACGCCGGACGGCCUGAUGGACGGGCUGACGACCAACGGCGUGCUGGUGAUGCACCCGCGCCACGGCUUCACCCAGGACUCGCGGCCCAGCGCCUGGAGGGAGAUCUCCGUCUGCGGCAACGUCUUCACGCUCCGGGAGACCCGCUCCGCACAGCAACGGGGGAAAAUGGUGGAGAAAGAGAGCCACGAGCUCCGCGACGGCUCCCUGAUCGACCUGUGUGGCGUGACCCUGCUGUGGCGCACGGCCGAGGGCCUGGCCCGCACGCCUUCCUCCCGCCACCUGGAGGCGCUGCGCCAGGAGCUGAAUGCCGCGCGGCCCCAGUGCCCUGUGGGCCUCAACACGCUGGCCUUCCCCAGCCUUCGCAUCAGCGGUGGCGGGAGCGGAGGAAGCAGUGCGGGCAGCAGCGGAGGGAGCAGCGGCGGCGGUAGCGGUGGUGGUGGUGGUGGUGGUGGCGGGGGUGGUCACGGUCACGGCAGGGGCGUCCUGGACUCCAAGCAGCCCUGGGUGUACCUGAAGUGUGGCCACGUACACGGCUACCACCCCUGGUCCGGGGGCCACUCCUCCUCCUCCUCCCAGUCCCGACGCUCCCAGGAGAUAGACGAAGAGGACGAGGACGAAUUUGACGACGACGACGAGGAGAUGAUGCUGAUGAUGCAGAGGACGUCUCCGGCGGUGGUGGUGCGCGACGACACGAGGGCGGCGUCGGGACAGCAGCGACACAGCCACCACCACCACCACCACCAGCACCAGGAGUCGUCAGCUUGCGGCCCGGACACGGCCAGGGAGCGGGAGUGCCCCAUGUGCCGCACGCGGGGGCCCUACGUGCCCCUCUGGCUGGGCUGCGAGCCGGCCUUCUACCUGGACGCCGCGCCCCCCACCCACGCCUUCGUGCCGUGCGGCCACGUGUGCUCGGAGAAGACGGCGGCAUUCUGGAGUCGCAUCCCGCUCCCUUAUGGCACGCACGCCUUCCACCUGGCAUGCCCCUUCUGCCUGCGCCCGCUGCGGCGGGACCGGGGCUUCGUCAGGCUCAUCUUCCAGGGGCCUCUGGACUAGUGGCGACUAGCGGUCUCGCUCGGACUGAUCUAAGACUAGUCAGCAGUGUGUGUGUUUUGACUGCUGGACUCUGGCAAGCUGUGACUUGGAUAAGGGCUUAAUAAGGGCCAAGCAAACAGGCAACAUCUGUUCCCGGGGGCCACUCUGGACCAAUAACGAACAGUGACUGGCCAGAUGAAUUUAAGAUCAGCUAGUCCAGACAGUGUGUGUUUGUCAAAAGGCAAAAAUGGACAUGCAUUUUAUCAGGCUGAUUUUCCAGGGGACGCUGGGCUAAUAACACUGCCACUAGCUACAGUAAUGAUAAUGAAGACUAGCCAGCAGUCUGUGGCAAAACCUGACAACUGUUUAUGGGACAGACAAACAGGCAACUCCUGAACUAAACGCUGACUAGCCAAGCAGAUAAGGACUACCCGCAUGUGUGUGUGUGUGUGUGUGUGUGUGUGUGUGUGUGUGUGUGUGUGUGUGUGUGUGUGUGUGUGUGUGUGUGUGUGUGUGUGUGUGUGUGUCUUGGUCAACAGGCCAAAUGAAAAAAUUGACAACUUCCAGCAAGUAUUUCGUCAGGGUCAUCUUCCAGGGUACCCUGGAAUUUUGGUGAGACUGAAAAAAAAAACCUACACAAGCCAGCGGUCAGGAAAAAACGGCAUAUUUCAGGCAGCCCUGGACUAGUAAUGACCGAAUGGCCGUGGACUAACAAAGACUUCUCAGAUGUGUACUGUACUGUGUGUGUUUGUCAGCAGGCGAAAUGCACAACUCUGCAAAGGCCAGAGUGCCAAGUACCACACAGCAGAGCAGCAACACCUGUCCUUGGGGAGCCCUACUGGACUAUGAGAGCCGAAGGUGUGCCUUAGCCAACCUGGCAACACCAACCUGGCAACACCAGCUGUUGCUCAAGGGCCCCCAAACUUCAGACCACUACGAAAAAAGGCCACACUUAGUGGCUGACUGUAAAACUGCCAUUGCAGUGUCAGUGUCAAAUGACAGUGAUGAGUUUUGUUUUUUUGUUUAUUUGUUUGUUUGGGGUAUUUUUUAUUGUUGUUUUUACCGAGGGCAGGGCACCGACAAAAUGACAAAAGUGACCAAGUGCCUCUGCCAAGCCUUCUUAUACAUGGAAUAGGAAUUGUAGAAUAUGAUGAACACUUUUUAGUUUGCAUUGCCUCCUAACAUCCUCACCUGCCAUCAGUGAACUACUGCCAUCAUUAAGCCUAGUUGUUGAUAACACUAACUUCUUAAUAAUGAUUUAUAAGAUGUUCUUAACUUUCAGAGUUUUUUCUAACAGCUGAAGAAGUGUUUCUAAAAUCUUGACUCGUUUAGAACAAGGCAGUGAUAAUACUAGUAUUGACUAAUCUGUAACUUAUCUGUAACGUUUGUCGCCAUGUAGACAAUUAAAGAGCAAUUUGCCACAUCUCAGUGCAAUUUGAACCUAUGGGCCUAUACUACAAAGCUGGUUCAGAAGUAAACCAGGUUAAGUUAAGCGGUAAAUCACCUAAUAGAAGAGCCAGGAGUCCUCAAGAAAAAGAGGACUCCAGGCCCUUCUAUUAGAUUAUACCUGGUUUACUUCUGACCCAGCUUUGUAGUAUAGGCCCCAUUUACCAGAUUCACCAUAGGAUAUUCAGUAGGAAAUGAGUAGAUUCAAGAUCACGAGUCUUUUUUCUUUCUUAUGACCUUUUGCAAUUCAGGAAACAUGUUUGACUUGUGGAUUAAAGCAAGAAAUACAGAUUGUUAUUUUGGUUUUGUUUGUUUUAGAGUGUUCUAACAAAGUGCCCAGAGGAUGUUUGAUGUUUGUUCAAGGAAACUGUUUUGGACUGUACAGUUAGUGAUGUCUGUUGAAACCGUAGUUAAUAUUGGUUUAAAUGUAUGGCCUAUUUUAUGGUUAAAAUUGUAUGCAGGCUGUUCCAUUUACUAAUGCACUGCCGUGUGUGUGUGUGUGUGUGUGUGUGUGUGUGUGUGUGUGUGUGUG